CGUAAUAGCAACGCCCUCAAGGUUAUAGCAGGGUGUAACAUGUAAGAGGGAAGAAUGUUGUCAGACGUGACAACCGCGGGAAGGAUGCACUUAGCCGACUUUGUGUCUGGAUCGUUUGCAGGGGCCUGUGGGGUUGUGGUGGGCUACCCUCUAGACACUGUGAAGGUACGGAUCCAAACCCACAAACAGUUUACAGGAAUAUGGCAAUGCGUUGCUACCACAUUUUCAAAGGAAGGAGUGCACGGCUUCUUCAAAGGCAUGACCUUACCCAUUACCACAAUUUCCAUGACUUCCUCGGUGGUGUUUGGCACAUACAGGAACUGCCUGCAGUGUCUGAGCCAGGCACGAGGAGCUGGUUGUGGUCCGAACACCAAACCAGAAGUCUUCCUGUCAGGUUUUGCUGGUGGUGUAGCUCAGGCUUCAGUGAUGGCCCCAGGUGACAUAGUGAAAGUACGACUUCAAUGUCAAACAGAAUCCAAGCGAGGAGGAGCCAGCAUGCCCAAACCCAAGUACCGCGGCCCAGUUCACUGUCUGCUGCGCAUUAUCAAAGAAGAGGGAUUCCUGGGGCUCUACAAGGGAGUGGUUCCGAUUAUGCUAAGAGAUGGUCCAUCAUAUUCCAUUUACUUUUUGACGUACACCACUAUCUGUGAAUGGCUAACAAAAAGUGGCAAGAAAAGACCUGAUUGGAGUGGCGUUAUGUUGGCAGGUGGAAUAGCAGGGAUAGCAGCUUGGUUCGUAGCAACACCCAUGGAUGUGAUCAAAGCACGUCUGCAGAUGGACGGAGUCCGGGGGACGAAGCGGUACAAAGGUUUAUUCCACUGCUUUACAGAGACGGUGCGCGUGGAAGGAAGUGGGGUUUUCUUCAGGAGCUUGGGCAUCAACUGUCUGCGAGCGUUCCCGGCUAACAUGAUCAUAUUAACUGUAUACGAGAUUCUCACCAGUUUACUCCGAGCUGAACCACACAGCGUUGGACCAUUCAACUGAACGGUACUGAUGGUGUGUCAUAGUCUGUUACACUGUUUUUGUCUGUGUGUUUAAUGUCUCUUCCAUUGCGGUAUUUGUUUUUUAAAGCACUAUUAUUCUCAUGGUUAACAUUAGUUUUUUUCUGCUACAUAUACAUAAAUUAUUUAGGUAGUGAAGGUAAUAUAUGUUAGUAUGCUCAGGGGUAACUUAAUAACAGAUACUGGACCAGCAGCCAAACACUAGAUGGCCCCCCUGGCCAGUUUAUUUUAUUUUUUUGGCUUCUCUGUUACUGACAGGCUGGUGCCAAGAAACUGCAAAGCUUUUUAUUAUUCAAGUUGACUGUUUAAGACCUUGAAUGUAGAAUUUACAAAUGAGCUAUAUUGUACGCACAAUAAUAAUAAUAAAAAGAUUUAUUUAUUUAGAGCUAAAACAAUGCUUCAAUUGGUAGCAACACUAGUCAUAAAACCAUCAUGAGUGAAAUCAUGAUGAUGAACCUUAAUAUGGUCAGUAGUUACAGUCAGAAUGGGUAAAAUAAAAUCAAGAAAACAAUCAUUCGCUCCAAUAAAAGCAUUUCUUAAGAGGGGACUUGGUGUGAUGUCCGUGCCAGAUUAUGCUGCAUGUUUGCUUAUUAAUGUUAUUACAUGUGCUGGCAAUUUCUAGCUCAGCAACAAAUAGUGGUAGACCUGGAGUAUCUGACUUACACAUACCAUCAUUGUUAUAACUAAGGUGAAUUGCAUUUUUUAUGAGUUAAAUUGAAAACAACACUGCAAACAGGACCACAAAAGACACAUAACUGCUAAAUUAUAUUUUUAUAACGUGUUGUGGGACAUCAGAUUCUCUUAAAACAGGAAACAAAUCAUGUGAAAUUUAUUUCUAUAUAUAUGUAUAUGAUGAAAAUGUGAAUUCUGCUUUUUGUAGCAAAGGUGCUGCAAGAAUGUGACUAAAUAAUAUAUUGAUUCCUAAAUGCUGUUGGACUGUGAACAAAAAAACAAUGGACUAUUUAUUAUCACAAAUCUCUUUCUGUUUUAGGAGCAGCAUCAUAUAUAGCUUCAGCAUUUAGGUGGGAUUAUUAUAGUUUGCAGGUAUAAGUUUUUCAUAAGUACACGUUGUCUUACUCAAAUCAAAAUGAGUGCCUAAAUGUUAAGAAGUGGCAAUUUUGUAACCAGAGUGCUCUCACCUGAGGCUUAAGGGACACACAUCCUUAUCAUUUCAAUGUAUAUGUACCAUUAUGCAAUCAGAAAAGUUUUAUAAAUUGCCAGCUAUUAUUAAAUACUCACAUAUCUGAGGAAAACUGCUGCUUUUACAGCAUCGUAAUCAAGAAAUGGACACACAAGGCCAAGUAACUCCUGUGUUUGUAAAUGCAUUCUGCAUGAAGUCAUGUUGACGUGUUAAUGUUAUGUUUUUACUACAUGUCUUGUGAAGCUGCACCACGCACACAUUUGAAUGGUAUUUUUUUAUCUAUUUGCGUGUGAGAUCAAAUAUCUAUAAGGUUUGGAGGUUCUAACCUAUAAUUUUGAAGACUCUUUUCAAAUAAAGUGUUGAAUGUUCUAGGUAUUUUUAAAUAAAAAGUUUGAAAGUU